GGGCGCUUGUAAUUUGAAGAGGAGCUGACUGCGUGUGGUAAAUAUGUUGACCGUCAGCAGCAUAAACAUUGUUCAAAUAUCAGUUCUGGUAGUCAUUGGUUCACACCAUGGUUUUGUCAACUAAAUCUUUAAUUAGAUAGUCAAUGAUGAUUUGAAGCUUGUAUCAAGUGGUCUGGAAGGUGUUCAAAAAACUCUGCAGGUGCACUUCUUCAGAUUAACAACAGAAAGUCAGCACAAAAACAUUCACAAGUUUCGGGAGUAACAGAAUCUUAGGCAAUCAAAUGAUGAAUUUCCAGCGUAGUUAUUCCGCUCGGAUGAGCAGGGGGAAAGAUACAGAUGGGAGGUUACAGGACUUUUCGGGAACAUUAAGGCGCCGUAACAGUCACCGCCCUUCUCUGAAUAGGAGUAACUCUUUUGCUGGUUUUCGGAGUGAUCCCAUAAUUAACCCGCUAUUGGUUUUUCCAUACCGUUAGUGCAGAUAUGUUGAAGAGUUUAAAAAUAUAGAAGAAGACUACUGGACUAUGAGAUCAUUUUGAAGUUUUGACCAAAGAUUCUGACUCGAUUUUCAUACAUUUAAAAGUUUUGUGAUGUUGUAGAGUGUUGAGCAAGUUUUAAUGGAACAGUGCUGUUAGCAACAUCCAUUGUGUUGUUUCUCACAGAAUAGUACCUCAUGGUCGAUUGGGCACCAACAAAAUACCAGGUUUAGUAUUUCCAAGCAAACUGAUAAACUGUCUCUUGGGAUGAAGGUGUUCUAUUUACAUCUUUUUUAUGAGAAGUUUAAUGAUCAGUACCAGUAAAUACAAUUAAGUAAACAUAAUAUCCCUGAGCUUUUAAUAUGAAAAUCUCAUUCAACACAUGGACGCUGUGGUUUUAUUAUUUAUUCUGUUUAAUACACUGCAUUCAGAGCUUUUUGCUUGGGAAGUAAUACAUCAUUUUUGUUGGCGCUGUUUAACAUAAGGGAUACAAGUAUCAAACGAAAUUGAGUCAAAAUUAAUUCUGUUGGAUUUAUGAUGCAGAAAAUGCAAGUUUUUAUUGAUUCAUAUUAAAUCUCUGUUUUAUACUUCUAUGAGUGCCUUGUAUCAAAAAUUUGAAAUUAGCAUGGAGCAGUCAGUACAGUGUAGGCCUAUUAUAGUUGAAUUGAAGCAAUGUCAUUUUGAGCAGACAUCGAAGAUUUACUGCACUGUGUAUUAACUUUACUGUUUGAAUAUGGUUGACUGAAUGCUAAUCAUUGCAAUUCUGAUUAUUGUUAUGGGAUGGGCACCAGCAAGGCUGUUUUAACGGUGUAGCGUAAAAAGUAUUGGUGGAUUUGUGAUAGACCAUAGACCUAUAAAUGUCACUUCUUUCAAAAAUAUGGGGAAGAUCCAAGGGUGAUGAGAGAUACACCAUAUCAGACGAAAAAAUGUCUGUUAAACAAAGAAGAUCAGGAAUUAAAGAGAAACAUGCAGCAGUUGGGUAUACAGCUACACAUGAUGGUGUACAUAGGGCUCCAAAGUCAUCCCCAAAGGUAAGGAAGAGUGUGAAUUCUGAGUUGAAAGGUGGUAAUAUCAAUCUAACUAAACGAAUUCCAGUCCAGAAACAUAGAAAUCAUAAUGCAGCAAACACUCCUACUGGAAAGUACAACCAAACACAAUCAAAUGAAUUGUUAGUUUAUAAGUCAUCUAAAAAUUUCCGUUUGCGACAGAUCACCUAUACCAAGGAUGGUGUAUCAUCUUCUAAAGAUACUGUUUCAAGACAUCCAAGAUCGUCAACCCAUUUUGUUUCUCCAUCUAAAACCCAAGAUUUUAGAAAUGAAAUGCCUUCAUCCUCAAAUAAUAUGAUACUACCAUCAAAGAUCUCAACAUCUUCAUCACAUAGAAGCAUGUCAACUUCAUCGAAGAAUAUGGUACCAUGUGCACACGGUUUGAAAGCACCAUCCAAGAUCCACUCUAAGCUUUCAUCACAUAAUGUAACACCAUCAUGUCUGAGCUUGACACCUUCCUUAGUAAAUGUGGUACGAUCCUCACACAAUUUGACAACACCAUCCAAGAUUCACUCCAAGCCUUCAUCCCGUAAUAUAACACCAUCAUCUUGGAACUUGUCACCUUCCUUGGUGAAUGUGCAACCACACACACACAGUUUGGCGCCACCAUCAAAAAUCCAUUCCAGGCCUUCAUCACAUCAUGAAACACCAUCAUCUAUGAGCUUGCCACCUUCCUCAGUAAAUGUUGUGCCAUUUUCGCACAGUACAACACCAUCAUACAAGAUUCGUUCCAGACCUUCAUCAUAUAAUGUAACACCAUUAUCUAGGAACUUGUCGCCCUCUUCAGUGAAUGUGCCACCACACACACGCAUUUUGACGCCACCAUCCAAGAUCCACUCCAGACCUUCAUCACAUAAUGUAACACCAUCAUCUAUGAGCUUGCCACCUUCCUCAGUAAAUGUUGUGCCAUCCUCGCACAGUACGACACCAUCAUACAAUAUCCAUUCCAGACCUUCAUCACAUAAUGUAACACCAUUAUCUAGGAACUUGUCACCCUCCUCAGUGAAUGUGCCAGUACCACACACACGCAUUUUGACACCACCAUCCAAGAUCCACUCCAAACCUGCAUCACAUAAUGUAACACCAUCAUGCAUGAGCUUGUCAGCUCCCUCAAUAAAUGUGGUACCAUCCUCACACAGUUCAACACCACCAUCUAAGAUCCAUUCCAGACCUUCACUACAUAGUGUAACACCAUCAUGUAGGAACUUGCCACUUUCCUCAGUGAAUGUGCCACCACCAUCCAAGAUCCAUUCCAGACUUCCAUCACAUAAUAUAACGCCAUCAUCUAGCUUUUCACCUUCCCCAAUGAAUGUGGUGCCAUCCUCACACAGUUUCACACCACCAGGCAAGGUCUCCUUCAAACCUUCCUCAUGUUCAUUACCACCAUCAUCUAUGUUACUGUCACCUUCCCCAAUUAAUGUGGUGCCAUCCACACACUGUUCGACACAACCAUCUAAUAUCAACUCCCAACUUUCAUCAGCUAUUGCAACACCAUCGUUUAGGAGCUUGACAACUUUUCAAGGGAUUGUGAUGCCAUUAUCAAGGAGAUCUUCGACUAGAUGUAUGUCAACACUAAAAAAGUCAAAACCACUUUUGAAGCACUUAACAAUUCCUUUGCAUAGGAGAUAUGUUCCUAUAUUUAAAGGAACCAGUGUUCAUAGUAGGUCUUUAUCUUUACUGAACAAUUCAUUUUUAAGCACAGACAACCCACCAGCAAUGCGCAAUAUGAUGCUAUAUAGAAAGACCUCAAAUCAGCAACAGAUCUCUGAUAAACACUUCAUUGAAGAUUCUGCACAAGAAACGCUAUCAGCCAAUGGAUUGAUGUCAGUCACCAGUCUGCCUGAUGAAAUAUUAACUGCUGAAGAUUUUUCACUACCAAAUAAGGUAAUACAUUUUGAGAAUUGCAGGUCAAGUUCUGAAAAUUCAAAUCCAAAAGAUAAAACUUCAUCUUCAAACACAAGUAGGCCAAAAGAGGAUUCUAGUACUGUACGAGACUCCAGGAAUUAUCCACAAUGUGUUAUCAAAAAAGAAGCAGAAUCGGAUCCUUCAAGAAAAAGGGAAAUCACAUCAAAUGAACAACAAAAAAAAUGUAAUAUUAAUGAGCUGUUUAAAAGAUCAUUUGCAAUUGAGGAUAUGGAUGUUUUUGUGUUUCCAAAGACCGUUGAGGAUAAAAUAAAGAAAAAAAUCAUUGAAGAAUGGCAGCAAGAGUUUGGUACGGUUUUGAUUAAGCAACCAAGGAGAACUAUUGGCAUAAAAACCUCAAAGGAUGUGCAAUCUGAAGAAAUUAAAUUCAAACGUAUUCUAAAGCACCAAGAUCCGUGUAUGGUAUAUCAGCAAAAGAAACACAAUUUCAAGGUAAGGAAAAUAAUGUAA